AUGAAUGGCUACGGGUCCCCGUACCUGUACAUGGGGGCUCCGGUGUCUCAGCCCCGCGCCCCGCUGCAGAGGACCCCCAAGUGCGCGCGGUGCCGCAACCACGGCGUGCUGUCGUGGCUCAAAGGUCACAAGCGCUACUGCCGCUUCAAGGACUGCACGUGCGAGAAGUGCAUCCUCAUCAUCGAGCGGCAGCGCGUCAUGGCGGCGCAGGUGGCGCUGCGCCGGCAGCAGGCCAACGAGAGCCUGGAGAGCCUCAUCCCGGAGUCGCUCAGGGUGCUGCCGGGCCUCGGCAUGGCCGGAGCCGGCGAGGGGAACCAGGCGAGGGCGGAGGAGCUGGAGCUGAGGUGGAGCGGCACGGAGGCGGUGCAGACCGGAGCACAGGCACGCGCAGAUGAGGGGUCCGGGUCCGGGGCUGAAAACGGGGGGAGCUCCAGCGAGAAGGAGCAGGACCCGGUGAGCUCGCCCGAGGGCUCCAAACCGAACUCCUGCUACACCCCGGAGCCCCCGGAGACCCCCACCCGGCCGGAGGAGGGCCGCUACGGCCUCCCGAAAGCAGCCGACCGCGCGGAGAAGGAAGCCAAAGCCGAGAGCCCGCAGAAGUACCCCGUCAGCCCCGCGGAGCACGGCGUGCUGAUCGAAGGCCUCGCGGGCUCCAUCAACCUGCCCUUCAGCCUGCGGGCCAACCGGCCGCCGCUGGAGGUCCUCAAGAAGAUCUUCCCCGCUCACAAGCCCCCCGUCCUGGAGCUCAUCCUCCGAGGCUGCGGGGGGGACCUGGUGGGGGCCAUCGAGGUGCUGCUGUCCAGCCGGAGUCACGACGGGGGCAGCGCGCACGCCGACCCGCACCCGGACGCCCUCUUGUUGCCCACGAACGGACACCUGUUCGAGCACACGCUGGGCACCUACCACCCGGUGUCCACCUCCGCCAAGUGGUCCGUGGGCUCCGCCUUCCGGGUCCCGGAGUCCCUCCGGUUCGCGUCCGACGUCUCCGCCUCGGGCGUGGUGUCCGGCGGCGGCGGCGGCGGCGGCCCGCUGGCUGUCCCCAUGCAGCACCCGUCCUUCCCGCAGCAGCCCACGCGCUACCCGCUCAUGCUGCGCAACUCGCUGACGCGCAGCCACGCCGGCCCCUUCGUGCACAACGACGUGACUCUGUGGAAUACCAUGGCGCUGCAGCAGCAGUACCAGCUGCGCUCGGCGGCCCAGUACGUGUCGCCGUUCUCGCCCGGGGGCCCCGCCGGGUCCGUGUUCCGCGGCUCCCCGGUCCUCCCCUCCAGACCCUCCGGGGAGCCGCGCGUCGGCGUCCAGGAGGAGAGCGGCCCGCUGGGGCCCAAGGCGGGCCUCUACUCCCCGGAGGAGGAGUACGAGGAGCGGUCCGACUCCGCGGACUCCCGAAUCCUGAACUCGUCCACUUGA